AUGGCCAGUGCCAAAGCGAGGGGCAAGAUGCCCGAAGUCAUCGACCUGACAAAGCGCCAGUCGGCCUUUCAACCGCAUAGCGGAGCGCGGAAGCUGGUUAUCAAGAACCUGCGCAGCCCCGUCAACCAUGAAGCGCGGAUCCAAGAGUACUAUGCACGGACGGAGAGAGAGCUCGAGGAAGCACUCGACGCAAUAUUUAGCAACAAGAGUCCGGCCAUCCCGCUGGAGCGUCUCUACCGCGGUGUCGAGGACAUGUGCCGCAGUGGCAACGCUGAGAAGGUGUAUCGGACGCUCAAGGAUAAGGUUGACAAGCACCUCAAGACCAUCGUCUUACCCAAGAUACAAAGCGCGGCUAAGGUCUCCAGCCUUGAGGUCUUGAGGAGGACGCUGGCAGAAUGGAAGACAUGGAACUCACAGACGAUCCUCAUCAGGUCGACUUUUAGCUACCUUGACCGUACAUACCUGCUCCUCAAAUCCUUCACAUCAAUAAACGACCUGGCUAUUACGCGCUUCUGUAGAAUGGCCUUCUCGUCGCAGGCUGCUCAAGCAAGCCCGGCCAUUGGAGCGGAAAUCAUCUUGGCAAUUUGCGAGCUGAUCAAUUUCGAUCGCCGAAAUGACAGCCGGAAGGAGCCCGAGCUGCUCAAGGAUUCUCUCAUGAUGCUGUAUGUGCUGGGAGUAUAUACAAAGCAGUUCGAGCCCGUCUAUCUACAGCACUCUGAGGCGUAUUUCAAAGAGUUUGGAGAGACGUGCAGUCCUCUCAGUUUGAAAGAGUACAUCGAGAAAUGCGACCGCCUCUUGGAGCUCGAAGAUCGGCGCUGCAUGACAUACAACCUGGACAGCACAACACAGAGACAAUCGAUGACGCUAGCGCACAACAUUCUUAUCGACCAAUAUUCCGACAAGUUGCUUCAUGGGGGUAGCUUGUCCAACCUAUUGACCGAUCGAGAUGUGAAGUCCCUCAAGGGAUUGUAUGACCUUCUUAGGUUGUCGGGCAUACAAAAGAAGUUGAAGACACCUUGGAGCGAUUACAUCCGGGAAACAGGGGCUUCGAUUGUGGCUGACAAGGAACGAGGGGAUGAAAUGGUACUUCGCCUCUUGGACCUGCGGCGAGCAUUGGACUUAACAGUGCGUGAUGCAUUUAACAAAGAUGAAGAUUUCCUUUGGGGAAUGCGAGAGGCGUUUGGCAAUUUUAUGAAUGACCGGAAGAUUGCCGACUGCUGGCCAUCGGGCACGUCCAAGAUAGGCGAGAUGACUGCAAAGCACAUUGACAUGCUGCUUCGUGGUGGUAUCAGAGCCCUCCCGAAGGAACUUCUUUCCGAUGUCAAAGAUCGAGCUGCAGCAGAGAAGGCAGGUCAUGCUAGUAGCGCUGACGAAGAUGCUGAGCUGGACAGGCAGUUGGACCAGGCUCUCGAGCUGUUCCGAUUCAUAGAAGGCAAGGAUGCCUUUGAGGCCUUUUACAAGAAAGACUUGGCUCGCCGCCUUCUCAUGGGCCGUAGCGCUAGUCAAGAUGCCGAACGCAACAUGCUCACCAAGCUGAGAGGCGAGUGCGGCUCAAACUUUACACAUAAUCUAGAGCAAAUGUUUAAAGAUCAGGAGCUCGCUAGGGAUGAGAUGGAGGCCUACAAGGAGUGGUGCCAGGGCAGCCCCGACCGCGUUGGCAAGGUGGACCUGCAGGUUAUGAUCCUGUCUGCUGCCGCCUGGCCAACGUAUCCCGAUGUAAGGCUCAAUGUGCCCGAGGAGGUUGCCAAACGCAUCGACCAGUUUGAUAGACACUACAAGAGCAAGCACACUGGCCGAGUCUUGACAUGGAAGCACUCUCUGGCGCACUGUGCCAUCAAGGCAACCUUUCCCAAAGGAACAAAGGAGCUCCUCGUCUCGGCGUUCCAGGCCGCCGUACUCCUGCUCUUCAACGACGUCACUGGAGAUGGGUUCUUGGCAUAUGAGCAGAUCUCAGCCGCCACGGGCCUCCAAGGCGGUGAUUUGAACCGAACGCUUCAAUCAUUGGCCUGUGGAAAGGCGCGUGUGUUGACAAAGCAUCCUAAGGGGCGCGAUGUGAAUCCGACGGACACAUUCACUUUUAACAAGGCUUUUACAGACCCCAAAUAUCGUGUCAAGAUCAACCAGAUCCAGUUGAAGGAGACCAAGGAAGAAAACAAGGCUACACACGAAAAGAUUGCGCAAGAUAGGCGGUUUGAAACCCAGGCUGCCAUUGUGCGCAUCAUGAAGAGCCGUAAGACUAUGGGUCACGCGGAACUGGUGGCUGAAGUCAUCAACUUGACCAAGAAGAGAGGCAGUGUUGAGCCGGCCGCCAUCAAGAAGGAAAUCGAGAGCCUGAUCGAGAAGGAUUAUCUUGAGAGAGAGGAAAACUCUUACACAUAUUUGGCAUAA